AUGACGGAACUUACUGAGAAAGAUGUCGGCCAACAACCACAUCUAUCGCAAGACGACGAAGAGCAUCUAAUCGAUUUUGACGGACCAAAAGAUGGUUUACACCCACAUAACUGGCCAUUCAAGAGAAAACUACUCAUCGGAGUCGCUGUUAGUUUUUUUACUUUGACAGCUGCCUUUGGAAGCAGCAUAUUUUCACCAGCCAUUAUUCCAGUCGCAAAACAAUUCGAAGUUUCUACAACUGUCAGCACGCUUGGCGUCUCCCUUUACGUUCUUGGCUUCGCUACAGGACCCAUACUUUGGGCACCAUGGUCCGAGAUCUCUGGCCGCCAACAGCCCCUUCUUGCAGCCUCGUUGGCGUUUUCUGUCUUUAACCUCGGUGUUGGUGUCGUCAAGAAUUUACCCAUGGUGUUAAUAUGUCGGUUCUGGGCAGGAUUUUUUGGUGCAUGCCCUCUUGCUGUAGGCGGUGCCGUCAUGACAGACAUGUUUGACCACCGUACCCGUGGAGCUGCAGUCACCGUGUUUUCGAUCGCCGUCUUCUCCGGACCCAUGUUUGCACCGUCAAUCGGUGGAUUUAUCGUUAUGUCCAGUCUCGGCUGGGCCUGGACGAGCUACCUUGUCGCAAUCAUGGGCCUGGUUUCAUUUCUAUUACUUCUUGUUACUUUUCAGGAGACGUAUGCGCCUAGCAUUCUUGUGCAUAAAGCUAAGAGUCUUAGGCAACUUACAAAGAACUGGAGUUUACACGCAAAGCAGGAAGAACUGGACACUGCCCCCCAGGAACUUCUUGAGAAAAACUUUACCCGUCCUCUUCGUAUGCUAUUUACAGAGCCUAUCGUAUUCCUGGUGUCACUCUACAUGGCAUUCAUAUAUGGCCUUCUUUAUCUAUUUCUCACGGCCUACCCUAUCGUUUUCCAGCAGAUUCAUGGGAUGAAUCCUGGAGUUGGAGGUAUUCCAUUCCUCGGUAUUAUCUUUGGAGAAGUCCUUGCGGGAACUCUUAUUCUGCUCAAUCAGCCAAGAUACCUGAAAAAGCUUAUUGCUAAUCAUGGCAUUCCUGUGCCGGAGUGGAGACUACCGGAAACUAUCGCCGGCGGCAUCAUCUUUGCCUGUGGCUUAUUCGUCUUUGGCUGGACUGGAUACAAGCGCAGUAUUCAUUGGAUCGCGCCAUCUAUAUCUGGGGUUUUUUCUGGUUUUGGCAUAUUAUCAAUAUUUCUACAAUCUCUCAACUACCUCGUGGACGUAUAUCUCAUGUAUGCUGCAUCCGCUAUGGCAGCUAGUACUAUUUUACGGUCGCUAUUUGCUGCUGCUUUCCCUCUAUUUGCGCCUUACUUAUUCAGGGACUUAGGUGUUCAAUGGGCUUCCACUCUGCUUGGCUGUGUCGCCGCUUUGCUUAUUCCUGUUCCUGUCUGGUUCUUUCUAUGUGGUCCUACAAUUCGUAAGAGGAGCGCAUUUACUCCUCAAAUUCCAAGUAGCAGUUAG